UUCUCCCGGCUUUCUACCUGAUACAGAAAAACCAAACACAUGAAUUUGGGUGCCAGCUAACUUAUAAAAGAUUAUCAUCUCCGGCCAGUGAUCCGACGAGCUUCUAUAGCUACCUCCCUAAGUAACCUGUCAGCGGUUGACUAGUAUGAUGGCCGUGGACAACUCUCUCUCCCACUCACCUUUUCCCAUUAUCCAUGACUCGUCUCUCACCCAGGUCGGUCGCAAUCGUCGUCGUUGCCUGCGUUCUAGGGAUCACAUUUCGCAGUAUCGUAUUUGCACCGCCUAAUAAUACCAUCAUCGAGGUCGAGGUUCUAACUUCACCGCAUUCUGAUUCUCCCACGUCGCCACACUCUCCCAUAUCUCCUAACUAUUUUACAGAAGACGACCGAUUCGGCUCUGUUGAUGACAUACCAAACACUGACCAUGUAUGGGAGAAACAGCCUCCUCCACUCGGCCAUCAUCAUUAUGGUGAUGACGGUUUGCUCGUGGUCAACCCAAACGGUCCUCAUCCAAUAUUUGAGCUUAUCGACCGAGCUGAGAAGGCUUGGGAAAAGAAGCUUGGCCGCGCAAGCAAGACACUAGCUGAAGCCGUCGCAGAAUACAAACGAAGAUACCACAGGCCUCCUCCCAUUCACUUCGAGAAAUGGUGGGACUAUGUAGUGGCACACAACGUCCAACUUCCAGAUGAAUACGACGAGAUAUACCAAGAUUUGGAGCCUUUCUGGGGCAUUGAUCCCCUGGAUUUCCAGAAGAACAUAGAGGAACUGGAGGCGCAAGAAAAUACUGUCGUUAUUGCAAAAACAGACAAAAGCUCCUCGGUCGAGGUCGUCGGCUAUCGUUUACCACCAGAUAGUGUCUCAAGGCUCAUCAGUCGCAUUGACAAUGUCCUACAACUCCUCCAGGAUAUAAAAGAUGAUCUGCCUCCUUUCCGUGCCGUUUUUUCGCCUCAUGACAAUCCCUCUAUGCUAUCGGAUUAUGGUGUUAAAUCCAUGGCACUUGACGCGGCCGCUUCCCGUUACACUCUGAAACAGAAUGAAUUUCCACCCGUGCAGCGGACAGGGUGGCUUUCUGCCUGCCAUUCAUCAUCUCCCGCGUGGCAACAUCCCGUCGAUCUCGAUAAACCCGCCGAGCACCCAUUGAACAAAACCUUCAUUUCCGACCAUCGCCUCUCUAUGGACCCGUGCCUGAAUCCUUCUCUUUUCCGCAGCCACGGCCAGUUUUUGUCGCACGACGCAGGGCCGGAUCCUCGGAGCACGCUCGUUCCGCGUUUUUCCCUCUGUUCGACUGUAAUUCAUCAUGAUAUUCGACCGGCUGUUCCCUACAGCUGGGUCGAGGACCUUCCUGACUCAGACAACCCGCCAUGGGAAAAGAGGACAGACGAAAGAUUACUCUGGCGUGGCACUAAUACUGGCAUAUUUCAUGGCGCCAAGACCAGAUGGCGGCAAGGGCACAGAGACCAUAUGAUACAGUUUGUCAACGAUAUGGCAGGAACAGCGGACGUGCUUCGUUCGCCUCUGAAUGACUCUGAGCCUGUUGGAGAGCCCGUACCUUUGCGCAAAGCAUACCUCAAUCCUGCGUUGAUUGACAUUCAAUUCGCCGGAAAGGCAGGUUCUUGCGAAGACCUCUGUGAUCAGCUGGAUAGACUUUAUGACUGGAGAAAAAUGCAAACGCUUCAAGAGGCUGGCAAUUAUAAAUAUGUCUUUGAUAUCGAUGGACAUGGGUGGUCAGGGCGGUUUAAGCGCCUCAUCACAUCGAAUGCACUUGUAUUUAAAACUACGAUAUACCCUGAGUGGUUUAUGGAUCGAAUUGCACCUUGGGUACACUAUGUGCCUGUGCAGAUAGAUUUAUCUGAUUUAUAUGAUGCGUUCACUUUCUUCCGUGGCGGACCUCAAGGAGAAGGUGCGCAUGAAGACUUGGCGAAGAAGAUAGCAGGAGCCGGGCGCGAAUGGAGCAAACAAUACUGGAGACAGGAAGAUCUGACAGCAUACACGUUCCGUUUAUUCCUCGAGUAUGCACGCGUCUCCAGUCUUGAUCGUGAGGCAAUGACAUACAAAGAAGACUUGUAGUAGUUCGUACUGGACUUUUCUAGGAUCACGCGGGUUGAUGGACAUACGGUACAUAUAUGGGUAAUCUUUAUUGCCGAGUUCCCCGGUUAUUCCAUGAUGCUCUCGUGGACAAUGACAAGUUGCAACUGCUUUGAUACGAGGGGCCAUUGA